AGCAGAGGAGGUGAGGCGCAUCUGGAGACAAUAGAGGCGAAUACAGAGCUGCGCUUUGUCGCUGUGAUAGAGGGAUGAUCCGUGAAAACACAGGAAUAUAGAGAAGAUGGAGCGCUAAAUCUGGAUAUAUAUUCCCGUUGUAUUUAAGACGUGCGAUCUGAGAGGAAAGAUGAAUUCUGCUGAAGCGGCGGAGGACGGACCCAGUGACUCAGAUACGGAUGCCUUCUUCAAAACAGGGUCUUUCAGAAGUGAAGGCAUUAAAGCAUCUGACGUCCUUCCUGUGCUGAGGGAGAAAAUAGCAUUUGUAUCAGGAGGUCGCGAUAAAAGAGGUGGUCCCAUCUUGACCUUUCCCGCACGAAGUAACCAUGAUCGAAUAAAACAGGAGGAUCUGAGACGGCUUGUCACAUACCUGUCCACUGUGCCCAGUGAGGAUGUGUGUAAGAGAGGUUUCACUGUGAUCCUUGAUAUGCGUGGCUCUAAGUGGGAUCUGAUUAAGCCGUUAUUGAAGACCCUACAAGAAGCUUUUCCUGUUGAGAUCUGCGUAGCUCUCAUCAUCAAACCAGACAACUUCUGGCAAAAACAGAAGACCAACUUUGGCAGUGCCAAGUUCACCUUUGAGACAAGCAUGGUGUCUGUGGAGGGUUUGGCCAAACUUGUGGACCCAUCUCAGUUAACAGAAGACUUUGAAGGCUCUCUGGAGUAUAACCACGAUGAAUGGAUUGAGCUCCGAGUGGCUCUUGAGGAGUUUCUGGCCAGCGCUGUUCACCUCCUCUCGCGUCUGGAGGACCUGCAGGAGAUCUUGGCCAAGAAGGAGUUCCCAGUGGAUGUGGAGGGCUCAAGGAGGCUUAUCGAUGAGCACACUCAGCUGAAGAAGAAGGUUAUGAAGGCUCCCGUGGAAGAGCUGGACCAUGAAGGUCAGAGACUCUUGCAGUGCAUUCGUUCCAGUGAUGGUUUCUCAGGGAGGAACUGUAUCUCUGGAGGUGCCGACUUUCAGAGUUUAGUUCCAAAGAUCGCCAGUCUGCUGGAUAAAUUACACAGCACCAGACAGCACCUGCACCAGAUGUGGCACCUGAGGAAAAUGAAGCUGGACCAAUGUUUUCAGCUUAGACUGUUUGAACAGGAUGCAGAGAAGAUGUUUGACUGGAUCAGUCACAAUAAGGAGUUGUUUCUUCAAAGUCACACAGAGAUUGGUGUGAGCUACCAGCACGCUGUUGAACUACAGACCCAACACAACCACUUCGCCAUGAACUCCAUGAAUGCUUAUGUGAACAUAAACCGCAUUAUGUCGGUGGCCUCGCGACUUUCAGAGGCGGGUCACUACGCCUCUCAGCAGAUCAAACAGAUCAGCACCCAACUGGACCAGGAGUGGAAGAGUUUUGCUGCCGCCCUUGAUGAACGCAGCACUAUUCUCGCCAUGUCUGCUGUAUUUCAUCAGAAAUCUGAACAGUUUUUGUCUGGUGUGGAAGCGUGGUGUAAGAUGUGCAGUGAAGGUGGGUUGCCAUCAGCGAUGCAGGAUCUGGAACUGGCCAUUCACCAUCAUCAGACGCUCUAUGAACAGGUCACACAAGCCUAUACAGAAGUGAGUCAGGACGGUAAAGCUCUGCUGGAUGUUCUUCAGAGGCCGUUGAGUCCCGGUAACUCCGAGUCUCUGACCGCCACAGCCAACUACUCUAAAGCCGUACACUGUAUCCUGGACGUGGUCCAUGAGGUUCUGCACCAUCAGAGACGUCUGGAGAGCAUCUGGCAGCAUCGCAAAGUGCGUCUGCAUCAGAGACUGCAGCUCUGCGUGUUUCAGCAGGACGUCCAGCAGGUGAUUGACUGGAUAGAGAAUCAUGGAGAGGCUUUCCUCAGUAAACACACAGGCGUGGGGAAAUCACUGCACAGAGCCAGAGCUCUACAGAAACGCCAUGAUGACUUUGAGGAAGUUGCACAGAACACAUACACCAACGCAGAUAAACUCCUGGAAGCGGCCGAGCAGCUGGCACAGACGGGCGAGUGUGACCCGGAGGAGAUCUAUAAAGCGGCCCGACACCUGGAGGUCAGAAUCCAGGACUUUGUUAGAAGAGUCGAACAAAGAAAACUACUGCUGGACAUGUCUGUCUCAUUCCACACACACACUAAAGAGUUGUGGACGUGGAUGGAGGACCUUCAGAAGGAGCUGUUGGAAGACGUGUGUUCAGACUCUGUCGAUUCGGUUCAGGAGCUCAUCAAACAGUUUCAACAGCAGCAGACAGCAACACUGGAGGCCACACUCAAUGUCAUCAAAGAGGGAGAAGAUCUUAUACAACAACUCAGAGAUUCAGCGAUGAGCAGUAACAAGCUGCCUCAUACGAGCUCCAUCGCUCACAUCGAGGGGGUUCUUCAACAGCUGGAGGAGGCUCAGGGUCACAUGGAGGAACUCUUUCAUGAGAGGAAAAUCAAGCUCGACAUCUUUCUGCAGCUGCGCAUCUUUGAGCAGUACACAAUCGAGGUGACCGCAGAAUUAGAUGCAUGGAACGAGGACCUGGUCCAUCAGUUGAAUGACUUUACCGCUGAAGAGCCCAGUCUGGCUGAACAAAGACUUCAGCGGCACGCAGAGAGAAAGCUGGCCAUGAACAACAUGACCUAUGAGGUCAUGCAGCAAGGUCAGGACCUGCAUCAGUACAUCAUGGAGGUCCAAGCAUCAGGUAUUGAGUUGACCGGUGAGAAGGAUGUGGAUCUCGCCACCCAAGUUCAGGAGCUGCUGGAGUUUCUUCAUGAGAAACAGCAUGAGCUGGAUGUGAGCGCUGAACACACCCAGAAACAUCUGGAGCAGUGUGUGCAACUACGACACUUACAGGCCGAGGUUAAACAGGUUCUGAGUUGGAUUCGUAAUGGUGAGUCUAUGCUGGAUGCCAGUAUGGUGAACGCAAGUUCACUGUCAGAGGCCGAACAACUACAGAGAGAACAUGAACAGUUCCAGCUCGCCAUAGAGUCUUUGUUCCAUGCUAAUUCUCUGCAGAAGACCCAUCAGAGUGCUUUACAGGUGCAGCAGAAGGCAGAGAUAAUGUUACAGGCCGGACACUAUGACCCAGAUGCCAUUCGCAGCUGUGCAGAGAAAGUGGCUGUACACUGGCAACAGCUCAUGCUGAAGAUGGAAGAUAGACUCAAGCUGGUUAAUGCCUCAGUAGCCUUCUACAAGACAUCAGAGCAGGUGUGCAGUGUGUUGGAGAGUCUGGAACAGGAGUAUCGUAGAGAUGAAGACUGGUGUGGUGGUCAUGAUAAACUUGGAUCUUUAGCGGAGGUGGAUCACGUCCUGCCUCUCAUCAGCAAACACUUGGAGCAGAAAGAAGCAUUUCUGAAGGCCUGUACUCUGGCCAGACGGAAUGCAGAGGUUUUCCUGAAAUACAUCCACCGGAAUAAUGUCAGUAUUCAGGGAUCAUCCGGCAACACUCGUGGCCCUGAGCAACAGGUCAAAGGCAUCUUGAAUGAACUGCUUCAGAGAGAAAACCGGGUUCUUCAUUUCUGGACCAUGAAGAAGCGGCGUUUGGAUCAGUGCCAGCAGUUUGUGGUGUUUGAACGUAGUGCCAAACAGACUUUAGAAUGGAUAGAGGAGGCAGGUGAGGUCUAUCUUACUACUCACACGUCUCCAGGAGAUUCGCCGGAGAAAACUCAGGAACUCCUAAGGGAAUAUGGAGAAUUCCGGGUUUCUGCCAGGCAAACUAAGGAGAAAGUGAAGAUGCUGAUCCAGUUGGCAGAUAAUUUUGUGGAGAAGGGACACAUGCAUGUCACUGAGCUGAAAAAGUGGGUGGCGACUGUGGACAAGCGCUACAGAGAUUUCUCCCUGCGCAUGAGUAAAUACCGCUCCAGUCUGGAGAACUCACUGGGCAUCAGCUCUGAGGAUAAUAAGGAUCUGGAAUUGGACAUCAUUCCAGCCAGUCUGACUGACCCAGAGGUCAAACUACGUGACCCGAACCAUGAGGUGAACGAAGAGAAGAGGAAAUCAGCCCGGAAAAAAGAGUAUAUUAUCGCAGAACUGUUGCAGACAGAAAAGGCCUAUGUGAGAGACUUACAUGAAUGUCUAGAGACAUAUUUGUGGGAGAUGACCAAUGGUGGAGAGGAAAUACCUUCAGGAAUAGCCAACAAAGAGCACAUCAUCUUUGGAAACAUUCAGGAAAUUUAUGACUUCCACAAUAAUAUAUUCCUGAAAGAGCUGAUCAAUUAUGAGCAGUUACCUGAGGAUGUAGGGCAUUGCUUUGUCACAUGGGCUGAUAGAUUUAACAUUUAUGUGACAUACUGUAAAAACAAACCAGACUCCAGUCAACUCAUCUUGGAGCAUGCUGGGAGUUUUUUCGAUGAGAUACAGAAGAGACAUGGUCUGGCCAACUCCAUAUCAUCAUACCUCAUCAAACCUGUCCAAAGAAUCACCAAAUACCAGCUGCUUCUCAAGGAGUUGCUGUCCUGCUGUGAAGAGGGCAAAGGUGAAAUUAAAGAUGGCCUGGAGGUCAUGUUGAGUGUGCCAAAAAGAGCCAAUGAUGCCAUGCAUGUCAGCAUGCUGGAAGGCUUUGAUGAGAAUCUGGAUGUGCAGGGUGAACUCUUUCUCCAGGACUCCUUUCAGGUGUGGGACCCAAGAUCUCUCAUCCGUAAAGGACGAGACCGACACCUCUUCCUCUUUGAGAUCUCUCUUGUCCUCAGUAAAGAGAUCAAGGACUCAGCAGGACGAUCCAAAUACAUCUUCAAGAACAAACUACAGACAUCUGAGUUAGGGGUAACCGAGCAUGUUGAGGGAGACCCAUGUAAAUUUGCCUUGUGGGUUGGACGCACACCCUCAUCUGACAACAAGACAGUCCUCAAGGCAUCCAGUAUUGAGGUGAAACAGGAAUGGAUCAAAAACAUUCGAGAAGUCAUUCAAGAGAGAAUCAUUCACUUGAAGGGGGCGCUAAAAGAACCGAUCCACGUUCCCAAAACCCCGGCCAAACCCCGCAAUAACAGCCGAAGGGAUGCUGGUGAGGAUGCUGACAGUCAGGGAGAUGGCAGCAGUCAGCCAGACACCAUCUCCAUCGCCUCCAGAACCUCACAGAACACUAUGGACAGUGACAAGCUCUCUGGAGGUUGUGAGUUGACGGUGGUCCUGCAGGACUUUGUGUCAGGUGGUUCCUCUGAGCUCAGCAUUCAGACGGGUCAGACAGUUGAGCUGUUGGAGCGGCCGAGUGACCGUCCAGGAUGGUGUCUGGUACGCACCACAGACAAAACUCCUCCUCAGGAGGGUCUGGUGCCCAGCAGCGCUCUGUGUAUCUCUCACUCUCGCAGCAGCGUGGAGAUGGACUGCUUCUUCCCGUCAGGCAAAGACAACUAUUCAGUUAGCGGUCCUGAUGGAAAGACAGAGUCUGUGGCCACGUUGCAGCCGCAAGCAUCCUUGAACUCCCUUCCGAGCAGCUCACCGGGACCCAAACGCUCAGGGAAUACACUGAAGAAGUGGCUGACCAGCCCUGUACGACGCCUCAGUCACGGCAGCAACAUCAAGAAGGUCCCUAGCAAACAGAAGCAGAAACGUGAUGGGCGUAAGAGCAUUGACAUGGGGCCGCCUGAACUACAGGAUGAUGCUCUGGAGGAGAGAGUUCAUAAAGUAGAGGGAACACUUACCAAAUCAUCAUCAUCAGGGAUGCACAGCGGAGGAGAGGAUGAGCCAGAGGACGAGUCACACACCCCUCUGCCUCCCCCUAUGGAGAUCAUCAAUAACACCUCUAAUCAAGAAGAUAAGUCUUCUGUGCUUCUGGCUUCACGGCAGAGCUCGGCUGAUGUUCCCAGCGCUGCUGAGCUUGUCAGUGCUAUAGAGAAACUGGUCAAAACAAAGAUGACGUUAGAGCCGGGGUCUUAUCCAGGAUUCAGUCCAGUUAACCCAGCAGAGCAAAGCCCUACACCACCCAGAAACCCCGAGCAGGAGCAAAUAGCCAAAGCUCUUCGGGGACGAAUGUUUGUUGUGAAUGAAUUAAUUCAGACGGAGAAAGACUACGUGAAGGAUUUAGGUAUUGUGGUGGAGGGCUUUAUGAAGAGCAUUGAGGAGAAAGGAGUUCCCGACGAUAUGAAAGGAAAAGACAAAAUCGUCUUUGGAAACAUUCACCAAAUCUAUGACUGGCACAAGGAUUUCUUUGUGGGUGAACUGGAGAAAUGUCUUGAAGAUCACGAGAAACUGCCUGGACUGUUCAGUAAACAUGAGAGAAGACUACACAUGUAUGUGGUUUACUGCCAAAACAAACCCAAAUCUGAAUACAUAGUUGCAGAAUACGAUUCAUACUUUGAGGAGAUUCAGCAAGACAUCAACUCUAGACUGACCAUCAGUGAUUUUCUCAUUAAACCCAUUCAGAGAAUAACUAAAUACCAGUUACUACUGAAGGACUUCUUGAAAUACAGCGUAAAGGCUGGGUUGGAUUGUCAGGAUAUAGAGAAAGCGGUAGAUCUGAUGUCCCAGGUGCCAAAGCUGUGCAAUGAUAUGAUGAAUCUGGGCAGACUGCAGGGGUUUGAGGGAAAGCUGACGAGUCAAGGGAAGCUCCUGCAGCAGGAGACGUUUUUUGUGACAGAACAGGACUCUGGGGUUCUGUCCCGCAGUAAAGAGCGCAGGGUUUUCCUCUUCGAGCAGAUCGUCAUCUUCAGCGAGCUCUUACGCAAGGGCUCAUCCAUACCGGGAUAUCAGUUUAAAAAGAGCAUCAAGGUGAGCCUCCUGGGUCUAGAAGAGCAUGUUGAAAAUGACCCGUGUAAGUUCGUUUUGUCUUGUCGCGGUUCAGCCGAACGCUUUACCCUGCAGGCGGCAAACACGGAUAUUAAACAGGUCUGGGUUCAGCAUAUCACUGAUCUACUGGACCUACAAAACAACUUCUUGUCUGCUCUUCAGUCUCCAAUUGAAUAUCAGAAGGAGCGGGGCGGCUCUCAGUCGUUGAACCGUAAGUCCUCCAGCGGCAGCCGUACAGCUCAGCCCAGCAUCAGGCCCAGCUCUACUGUCUUAUUCGGUGCAGAGAAACCCUCUCUGUCUCCACGGAGCUCCACUUCGCUAAAGCUAACUACCUCCAACGGCGGUUCAAGCCAUGAAUUGGACAGAUACCACUCCUCCAGGAAGUUUGAUGGCGUCGGCUGUAAUGGUACGUCGUCCUCAUUGCUGGUGACUCAGGACUAUAAUGCACUGAAAGAGAACGAGAUCUGUGUCACGCAGGGUGAGACGGUGCAGAUACUGGCAACAAAUCAGCAAAACAUGUACCUGGUGUACCGACCCGCCAACAGCCAAUCUCCGGCGGCGGAGGGUUGGGUGCCGGGACACGUCCUUGGCCCUCUUACUAAACCCCUCAUAGACACUACUGCAGAUUCAAACAUCAAGAAAUCUCUGUCGUGGAACACGCUUCGCGCUCGUAAACGUGCCGAGAAGGAGAGCGCACCCCUUAAAAGUGACGUUAAGGUUGAGAAUGGACGUAAGCCAAAGGAAAUUCUCAGCGGCAAGGUGACCGUAAAAGAGUCUCGCAGCUCAGAUGAGUCCGAGUGUGAGGAUGAACUCGACCCUAAAACUAGCAUGGAGUUGUUGAACCCUAAUUUCAUCCAGGAGGUGGCCCCGGAGUUCCUGACCCCUCUCGCUGAUGUGACGUGUGCUCUGGGAGAGACUGUGGUUCUGUGCUGUAAAGUUUGUGCUCGACCCAAACCCACAAUAACACUGAAAGGUCCUGAUCAAAGCCUGCUGGUCAACAAUAACAGAUUCGCCAUCAAUAUCAGGGAAACAGGGGAUAUAGUGUUGAAGAUCUGUAAUCUAAUGCCGCAGGAUACAGGCAUCUACACCUGUGUGGCAGUUAAUAAGCAUGGCACUGCCUCCUCAUCAGCGUCAAUUAAAGUACAAGGUAUCCCAGCAGCCCCUGCUCGGCCCGUGGCUCAGGAAUCCAGCAGUACAUCUGUCAUUGUUCACUGGCUUCCUCCAGCCAGCUCAGGAAACUCAGCCAUCACCAGCUACACUGUGGAAUACAGACAGGAAGACUCUCUGAUAUGGCAGCAGUCGGUGGUCUCCACCUCAGACAUGUGUGUGAAGAUUGAGAAUCUGAUUCCUGGUGGACACUACCAGUUCAGGAUCAGUGCCAGUAACCCCUGGGGCAUCAGUCCACCCAGUGAGCCCUCAAACAUGGUGACAUUACCCAGCACCGCCUCAACGUAUGACGGCACUGGCAUCCAGUGGAAAGACAACUUUGAAUCAGCUUUUACAGAACUAUGUGAAAUUGGACGGGGUCGAUUCUCUGUAAUAAAGAAGUGUUUGAGUAAAGCAAGUAAAAGGGAAGUGGCUGUAAAGUUCGUCAAUAAGAAGAUGCAGAAAAAAGACCAGGUGGCACAUGAGGCCGACAUCUUGCGUCAUGUCCAACAUCCCCAGCUGGUGGCGCUAGUUGAUACCUAUGAGUCCCCAACAGCUUACAUACUGAUCCUUGAACUUGUUGAGGACGGCCGUCUGCUGGAUUAUCUGGUUGCUCAUGAUGAGCUGAUGGAGGAGAAGGUGGCGUUCUUCAUUAAAGACACACUGGAAGCUCUACAGCACCUUCACACCUGCAGAGUAGCUCACCUGGAUCUCAAGCCUGAAAACCUGUUAGUGGACCUCCACGUGCCAGUGCCAUGUGUGAAGCUCACAGAUCUGGGUGAUGCUAUACAGGUCUCAAGUCACCGCUAUGUGCAUCUCCUCCUGGGGAACCCUGAGUUUGCUGCCCCAGAACUCAUCCAGGGCACCCCGGUCUCCCUGUCCACAGAUGUGUGGAGCGUAGGGGUGCUGGCCUACGUAAUGCUCAGCGGUGUGUCCCCGUUUCUAGACGAAAGUCUGGAGGAGACCUGCGUCAACAUCUGCAGGCUGGACUUCUGCUUUCCAGAGGACUAUUUCUGUGGGGUCAGCCAGGCCGCCAAAGACUUCAUCGUGUCCGCACUUAACCAGGACCCAAGGAAAAGGCCGAGCUCGGCCACGUGCCUGCAGCACCCCUGGGUCAGCGCUCAUAGUGGGGAUUACUCCAAAACGCCACUGGACACCGUCAGACUCGCUUCAUUUAUAGACAGACGCAAACAGCUCCAUGACGUCAGACCUGUGACAAACGUUAAAGGACUUGUGAGCAGCACAAUGGGUCACACCUUAUGAGCAUGGGCGGCUGAAAGAGACCAUUACAGUAUAUUACAUGAAGAAAAUGUACUUUAUUUCAUAUCAGUUGUGCACUUAUGUGGUGUUUUCUACAGGGUGGAAGUUCAUCGCUCUGACCUGACACUUUUGAAGGAAAUCACAUGGAUUUAUUUAAGGAAUGCAAGACUCUUAGUGAAUCAUAGAUUGUAAUACAACAUUGGAAUUUUGGGAAUUGUAUAACUAGAAAUAGUAACAUCAUUGUAAUUAAAGCUUAGGAUGAUGUGUUUACAGAUUUUGAGAGUUUUAUACAGACCUGUAGUUUUGUGAUGUACCAGGUUUAGUUGAGUUCACGGGUAUUAUAGGAAUGGUUUAUCAAAAAAAGUAUGUUCUGCCAUCGUUUAAGCACUCGUGUUGUUCUGAAUCUAUAUGACGGGAGAUAUUUUGAUAAUGGGAACAGGGCAAAGCUUCAAAUAUCCAUGCAUGACAAAAAUAAUAUUAACAUAAUUAAAUAAAAUGAUGACAGAAUUUUCCUUUUAUGGCAAACUAAACCUUCAAUAUAUUGGGGUCAAUAAAAGCAGAAAUGUUUAGGUAGGACCAGUGUUUUAAGAGACAUUUAGUGAUCUUUACAAAUCCAUCAUCUUUACAUGCAGCAGAUCUAUUUUUCACAAAUUCAUUAUGAUAGUUAAAAAGUGUAAAAUAUGAUGGGUACAAAAUAAUUCAUGUGCAAAUAUACCUGCAUGAAGAACGAAAUAAAUAAACAUCCCAAUGAUAUAUAUUAUAUUUAGUUUUCAUAGUCUGGCGUCAUGACGAGAGUUUUCAAUGUCUUAAAAAUACCAAGAAUGUUUUAACUGUGUUUGUUUGUUUUUCUUGAUUUGUCUACAAAUACUUGUUUCAUUUAAAGGCGGAGUCCAUGAUGUUUGAAAGCCAGUGUUGAUAUUUGAAAUCACCUAAACAAACACGCCCCUACCCCAAUAGAAUCUGGACCUUCUGUUGAUAGAACCGCCCCACACAUACGCAACCCGGCAUUUGAUUUGAUUUGAUUGGCUAUAAGUGUGUUUUGGUAGUCGGCCCGUCUCCUUUUCCAAAGCGUUUUUCAAACAUCGUGGACUCCGCCUUUAAGUUAUUACUGGUCAGCACUUAUUUAAAAAAAAUCCCACCCAUUGCCCAGGAAGAAACCCCAAAGCCUUAAACUUAUUUUCUUAUUUAUCAUUUUAACACAUGAAUACAUUGUGUAAAUGUCCAGGCUCUCCAUCAGACAUUUACAUUUGACUCUUUGACAAUAGUUCUCAAUGUAGUACGGUAUGUCGAACUGAAUGUUACACCAGUCAUCUCUCAUCUUUGACACACAACGCACAAUUUUAUCACAUUCAUAAACUCUUGCAGAUUAUGUGACCAAAUCAGUAAACAUAUGCAUUACAAGUGACUUGUGUCGCUGAGUGUCGCUCAUCUCUUUCAGUGAGGCCGUUAGGAGGCGUUUCUAAAUCUGGUUGUAAUAAACAAGUAAUGUCCACUCCAGUAACUGACGAAAGACGGAUGACGUAAACGCCACAGCAUCACUCUCAUUGGUAGUCGCUCCGGAAAGCUGCUCAUCAUUUGCAUAAAUUUAAACUUUUCUUAAUUUUCUUCACACCCCAUCAGGUCGCCAACGUUCACUGUCGCUCGUGUCACUGGAAGUCUCCAAGCUUCCGUUGAAAUCAACGAGAUUGCGUCGUUCUGCUACUGCUAGUCCCUGCUAAUGUAAAUGAGGCUUUAGGCAGGCCACACAUGUGAAGAUUCAUUUUAACCCCUUGGCAUCACCCCAUUAUAGUGUAUUACCACAGCCAUUUAUUUUGUCCAAAAACCUCUGGUGUGUGGUGUCAUUGCAAUUAUUUUGCUGCUUCCGGUCCUCCCCGAUCCUAAACCGUAAAUAUCAAAAACUAUUGAUCGGGCUGCAAUAGCCAAUAAGUGCGUGUGAUCAACUGGAUGUUGCAUGCUGUUAUAGUUAAAACAAGACAACCACAAACAUGACAUGAAAGAUGAGUAUUGACAAAGAAUAUCGACUAGGUAACCAUACAACUGCUUUUACAAUGCGUUAUGCAAGAACUACCACAACAUAAAAAAAAUUAAGUCACACUUAUUCUCGAGUUUCUGUUAGAUUUCGUGUCACUUUGAAAUCGUUUCUACAGUCACGUGUGUGGUGGUCUCACGGUCAUCCAGUGUGUGCGUUAUAUUGUUAAAAAUCAUUUGACACUGUCUUUAUGUCUGUGGUCUCCCAUGGAUUUAAAAUCGUUUAAUAUGUAAAAACUGUCUAGUGUGUCCCAGGCCUUAACUGCUGUAAAGUACUACUGUGAAAGGUUGAAUACCCUAAAUUUAUUUUAAAUGGCAAAACAUCACAUGCUAACAGCUGAUUUUAUAGUAUUUUUUUCUCUUGGUUUGUCAGGUUUAGUGAAUGUUCACACAGCGGUGUAGAAUAAAGCAAAUACAGCAUGACAUGCCUGUGAAUACUGCAUAGGGACAAUCUACACAUCCAUAAUGUCACCGUAACUUUGACAUAGUUUGGAUUUUUCUUGUAUUUACCCUCAUCAGUACCUGCUGUAUGAUAUUUCUACUCUUUAUUAAUAACCUUUGCGAUAUCAUCAUAUGGGUUUAGCUCAGUUUAAUAUCACCACAUUUGAAACAAACAACAUACAGUAACAUCAGAAUGUCACAGCAAAUGGUUUGGGGCAGUUACUAGUUUAACUAAGCUGAAAAACCAAUGAGGCCAAGAUGAAACCUCUAUCUAUUCUCAUGAGAUCUCUUAUUAAGAAUAUAGCCAGAUCUACUCCAUGCAUAUUCAUAACUGUAUAUCCCCGCAAUAUGAUUGUAUAGAAGCCUGUGUGUACAAUUUGCUUAAAAACAAGAAAUGUUGUUUUCUUGAUAUGGGCUGUUUGUUUAAUAAACUGUGCUUUGUUUUU